AGAAAAUGCCCCCCGUCAGAAACAUUAGGACAGCCCUUGCUAGACUGGCUUUAUGCGUCACGGCAAGAGCAAACUCAAUAUCAAUCUUGGGUGCAAUAUCAAGCAAAGGCUUGAUCAAGGUUUGCUUGAGAAAGCCACUUCCCCCUUCAGAAAAACGAAAGCUAGCAGGAGGAGCUAAAGCCCAAACAAAAGAUACUGUAACCAACCAUUAUUUGAAAUUUAUUGAUGACGUGCUUGAAGAGAUGGACAAGUAUCCCGAAAUGAAGGGUCACUACCUUUUGAUGGAAAUGCUCCCAUUCAUAUCUCUGAGUUGAUUAGAGCCACUAUGGAGUCUCAUGGUUAAAAGUG